CUCUCAUUUUAAGGUCACAUUCUCUCUCCAAAUCCACUGUCCUCGUUCACUCUCUCUCUCUCUCUCUUCCCCCGAGAAAGAUAUGCAGGCCAAAGCAAUGGCUCUGACAACCACCGCCGCCGCCUCACCCUAUACCUUCCUCCACCCCACCGCCUCCUCCAGACAUCCAAUUCCCAUCAAAUCAUCCCCAAUUUCGCCUCAAUCCAUCAAAUCCAGAACAAAAACAAUCUCAUGCGUCAAAUCAUCGAACCCACCGCCUUCCACCGCCGCCUCCGCCGCCGCCACUCCACAAUCAAAAAAUUGGAGCCUCGACAGCUGGAAAUCGAAAAAGGCCUCUCAGCUCCCAGACUACCCGGACGAAAAUUCCCUCGAAUCGGUCCUCAAAACUCUCGAAUCGUUCCCGCCGGUCGUUUUCGCCGGCGAGGCCCGCAGCCUCGAGGAGAAGCUGGCUCAGGCCGCCCUCGGAAACGCCUUUCUCUUGCAGGGCGGCGACUGCGCCGAGAGCUUCAAGGAAUUCACUGCGAAUAACAUUAGGGAUACUUUCAGGGUGCUGUUGCAGAUGAGCGUUGUACUCAUGUUUGGUGGCCAGAUGCCUAUUAUUAAGGUUGGAAGAAUGGCAGGGCAAUUCGCUAAGCCGAGAUCCGAUUCGUUCGAAGAGAAAGACGGCAUAAAGCUACCGAGUUAUCGAGGAGAUAAUAUCAACGGCGACGCCUUUGAUGAAAAAUCAAGAAUUCCGGACCCUCAGCGAAUGAUUCGAGCAUAUACUCAAUCCGUUGCUACACUGAACCUUCUCAGAGCAUUCGCCACUGGAGGAUACGCCGCCAUGCAGAGGGUCACUCAAUGGAACCUCGAUUUCACCGAACAAAGCGAGCAAGGCGAUAGGUACCGUGAAUUGGCGAAUCGGGUGGAUGAGGCACUUGGCUUCAUGGCUUCGUGUGGUUUUACGUCCGACCACCCUGUAAUGACAACUACAGAGUUUUGGACAUCGCACGAGUGCUUAUUAUUACCUUACGAACAAGCACUUACUCGAGAGGAUUCGACUUCCGGCAUGUACUACGAUUGCUCUGCUCACAUGCUUUGGGUCGGCGAACGGACAAGGCAGUUAGACGGGGCCCACGUCGAGUUCUUGAGAGGGGUUUCUAAUCCUAUAGGAAUCAAGGUUAGUGAUAAAAUGGAUCCGAACGAGUUGGUGAAACUUAUUGAUAUUAUGAAUCCUGAAAAUAAGGCUGGAAGGAUAACGGUUAUUGUUCGAAUGGGGGCAGAGAAUAUGAGAGUGAAACUGCCGUAUCUGAUUAGGGCGGUUCGAAGAGCAGGUCAGAUUGUGACGUGGGUUAGUGACCCUAUGCAUGGUAACACCAUUAAAGCUCCUUGUGGACUCAAGACUCGCUCCUUCGAUGCUAUCAGGGCUGAGGUGAGAGCAUUCUUUGACGUACAUGAUCAAGAAGGAAGCUACCCCGGAGGGGUGCAUUUGGAAAUGACUGGCCAAAACGUAACCGAAUGUGUGGGUGGGUCCCGCACAAUCACUUACAACGAUCUCGGCUCGCGCUACCACACCCACUGCGACCCUAGGCUCAACGCUUCUCAAUCUCUCGAGCUUUCUUUUAUUAUCGCGGAGCGUCUCCGAAGGAGAAGAAUCGGACCACAACACCGUACUCUAUCCUCUUUCAGGCUGUAAGAAAUCCCAUCACCCCUUUCGAGUGGUACUUUUAUUUUAUUACAUCAAAUGUUUGGAAUCUUGAUUAUGUUUUGGUGGCUCAAAGAUGUGAUAUAUAUUUUAUAGAAAUAAGUUUGUACUAUAGUUUUGUUUUUGCAAAGCUGAUUUUGACUAUUAUUGUAAAUUUUAUCUGUCCUCCUACAGAUUUCAGUUUAUUUGCAUUUAUAAAUGAGUUUAUUGCAAUCA